UCCUGGAAACGAACCGGUGGAGAGCGGGCGGCCCUGACAGGAUGCUGAACGCGGAUCGCCUCUCUCAGCCGGGGUUCGAGUAUCUGGCCCAAAGGCAUGUCAUUACUUAUAUGGAAGAUGCAGUGAGCCAGCUGCUAGAAAGCAGAGAAGAUAUUGGUCAAUAUGGUAUUGCCAGGUUCUUCACUGAAUACUUUAAUAGUGUGCGUCAAGGAACUCAUAUUUUGUUCCGAGAGUUCAACUUUGUCCAAGCUACACCCCAUAAUAGGGCAUCCUUUCUAAGGACUUUCUGGCGAUGCUUCAGGACAGUGGGGAAAAAUGGAGACUUGCUGACUGCCAAGGAGUAUCACUGCUUACUGCAGCUGCUUUGCCCUGACUUUCCUGUGGAGCUUACUCAGAAAGCAGCAAGGAUUGUUUUAAUGGAUGAUGCUGUGGACUGUUUGAUGUCUUUUUCAGACUUCCUGUUUGCCUUCCAGAUCCAGUUUUACUACUCAGAGUUUAUUGAAAAUGUGGCUACCAUCUAUCAAGAGCUCUUGACGGGUAAGAAUCCAAACACUGUGAUUGUGCCCACGUCAUCUUCUGGGCAGCAUCGUUCACGUCAAGCUCUCAGUGAGUGCAGUCCAGUCGAUGGGGUGGAGGCAUCUGCAUUUUACCAGUGCCUUGAGUCUUUGUGUGACAAAUCCAAAUACAGCUGCCCUCCGGCCACUGUUCUCAAGGAAAUUCUGAGCAAUGUACAGAGAUGGACUUUCUAUGGAUUUCUGAUGGCUCUUGCAAAACAUAAUGGGAUCAACAAAGCUCUUGGAGCUCUUCCAGAGAAAGCAGAGUUGCUGCUUGACCCAGUUAUGGAUCAGGAAUUGGAGAAACUGAUUGCACCAGUUUCAGGCCUUUCAGUUUCCAAUUCUGUCAGUGCUAGUGGGGAUGCAACAAACAUGCCUUCUCGUGCCUCUCCACGCAUCUGUCCCCUUUGGAGGCCUCUCCACCACCGUCGGAAAAUGGAUACAGAAAGUGAUGGCUCCACAGAAGAGACAGAUUCUUCAGAGAACUGAUAAAGGGAUUCAGGAUGACUAGCAGGUCCUUAUAACUGAAGCUGUGUGGGGUUUAGGGAAAAGGGGAUGGAGACAAUUGCAGUUGUAGGAUCAUACUGCUCUCUUGUGGCAAACAUGUCAAAUUGAUUGAAAUAUGAGAAGAUUUGUUUCCGUGUGAGAAAUUAAUUCUCAGUAUGGAGCUUGCAUCACAAUCCUUUGAACUCUUGUUCACAUAAGACUUUACCUUCUCUCUACAUAUGUACCUUGCAUUAGAUUGCUCAAUACUGAAAUAUUUCAUGAAAGUUCAGAUCAGACAGGAAAACUCUUGGCUCUGAUGAAUGGGUAAUUUUUUUCACCGUAGGUUAAGGAGAACAGAAAAUUAUUAUUAUUCUGCAAACUUUAAGCUACCCGUGAAGUGUAAUAUAUAGAAAAAUAAAGAACGUUGCACAAGG